CCUGGGAUUUUCUUCCUCCGAUAACUUUCGGAACGGAAAACAAGUGUUGUAACAUCGAUUGGGAGACAGCAACGUAUCUUGUUUACAUCAGAAGCAGUGUUGAUCUUAUUUGUUUUCUAAUUAUUCUGGCAAAGUUUAGGUUGGCUUAUAUUUCUCUUAAGUCUUGGCUGGUGCCUUGCUUAUAUUUUUUCUUUGACUUAUUUAUCGUAUUACCUGUUCCUCAGAUAAUUAUAAUGUUUAUUCUACCGACUUCGCUGGGUUUAACAGGAGAAAAAUAUAUUGGGAAUGUUCUACCGAUUCUUCUCCAAUAUCUAUAUCGAAUGUUGAGAUUUUUUCCUCGACUGCUGGAUUUAUUUCCAAGGGGAAUUAUAUAUGAGUCAGCCAAGACAAAUGUCAUUAAAAGUUUUCUCUAUUAUAUUCUAUUUACCAACGUUGUGAGUUCAUUGUGGUACUUUUCUGGAAUACAGAGAGUUAACCAAUGUUUGCAAGAGGCCUGCCAUCUCGCUAAUGAACCUAAAUGCACGACAUUGAUGAAUUGUAAUUCUCAAUGGCAGAAUAUAUCAGCUACAUGGAGCAGUGAUAACGGUGCAAAUAAUUGUUUAAGUGACAAAUCUUCUUUUUCUUAUGGUAUAUUUUCCAGAAUUGUACCAAUUGCUACAGAAACUAGUGGUGUGAUGAACAAAUAUGUGAAUGCUAUAUUUUGGGGCUUGCAGCAACUCGCUAAUUAUGCAAGAAAUCUUUCACCAAGCCAUUUUGUGUGGGAAAUUCGGUUCACAUGGUUCAUCACUGUAGUAGGAUUAUUUCUUUACGGGCAUCUAAUUUAUAACACGCAGAAAUUUUUAUAUAUCUUUUAUCAAAGGAUGCAAGAAAUGCAUCUUAGACGUCGUUAUGUUGAUUAAAGGAUGAUGGAUCGUUGAUAUCUAGAAGGUCUCAGAAGAAGAUGGUUAUGAAGACUUUGCCACACGAUCUCGUGACACAUAAAAUAACAUUUUUUAAUUUGUUCAAAAUAAUGUGUUUGAACAUUUAAAAUAAGAUCAUAGUUACUUAUUAAGUGGAUACUCUUUCGGGAUUUUGAUGUUUUUUUAUUAAUAAGCAAUGGAAUAUAUCAUAGAAAAGAGUAAAAGGGAUGUUCAUCCAAUUACAAUGCGAUUACAAAAUAUUCAAAAAAAUUGUUGGAUUUUGACAUCAAAGAUACAAAUUUCUACAUCGGUUGGAUUUCAAUGCGAUAACGUGCCAGAACCACGAAAUAGUUUUCACGCUAACCAUUUUCUUUUCUUUUUUUAAGCAAAAGGGCUUCAAUAAAAAGCACUAGGGGUGCUAUAACCCAAGAAUACAACAAGAGAAAGAAAAAAGAGGAAACAACCCCUCAAUCAAUCAACAAAAAAACUAGUCUAGGAUCAAUACACCAUUCCUCCGAAGAGUCAUUAACAACCCCUUCAUAAAACACUAACAACCACUCCCAAGAGAUCAUUUUGAUCUUACCUAAACCAUCAAAAGAAGACAAAACAAGGCUAUUGAAAAUAAUAUCAUUUCUACAAUUUCACACCACUCAACAAAAUAUCAACCCAAAAAACCAUCCCAAAUCCAAAGAAAAGAUAGCUUUGCAAGAGACCUCCAGCCAAAGAAAAUGCUCUAAAAUAGAAGUACUCGGAGCAACAUUAACCAACCGAAGCCAAGAACACAAACGCUUCCACCAUAAAGUAGUUAUCUUACAAGCAGCAAGAAAGAGAUGGUCUAGAUUCUUAACAACUUCUAAGCACAACGGACAAAGCACCAAGCCAUUGGUACCUAGCAUGCCACAUUUUGCCAACUCCAACUUCAUGGGAAGCCUAUUUUAAAUUAACCUUCAACAAAAAAUAUGAAUGUUACUAGGAACUUUCGCUUUCCACAAACGGGAAAAGGAUAAAGAUCUACAAGGAUUCAUAACGGGUUCCGAAGGUAAACUCAAGAAUUACUUACCAAAAAUUCGGAAGCAUCCCUCCACCACACAAACCUAUCAAGGCCCUCGCUAAGAGGAGACACCGAAUGAAGAAGAAUCAAUAAAUAAUCCAAUUAGGCCACGGCUGUCCCGGAAAGCAAAACACCCAAAAACAAUAAUGCCGUCUACGUUGUGUU